AGUAGUAAGAAGGUUGGGUGUUGGUGGUAGAAGGUCUGUGUGCUCCUGCACAGAGCCCGGGUAAAAAGAGAGCCUGUGGUGCGUAUGUAAAAACUCUUACCUGUAGGAAUUACUGACAUUUGUUUGCACUGUAAAUUGGAAACGUAUUCCUCAACAAUGGACAGAUAUGUAAGAUCUUCUUGGAGUGCCUGAAUAAUACAAGACGCAUCGUAAUACUAAUUUCAUGAUUAUUUCCUAAUGAAAUCUGUGGACUCUGGGAAUUAUAUGGCAUCUCACUGAUAUGCUGGCUUAUACAUCCUAGCUUGAAGUACUAAGGCCAUCCACAAAACAUGAUGUUUCAGACAAUGGAAAGCUGUUUUAUCCCCUCUAUUUACAUUUGAUCUGAAAAUCUGAAAAUGAUAAUAUACCUUAUGGUCUUCUUUCCAGUUACUAGUAAUGGAUCCUUUUGAGGCAUAUUUAUUCUCCUGUUGAUUUCUUGACAUUCAGUAUUAACUUUGUACCACUGCCUCCAAAUUGUGUAUACUUUCACAGCUGUACUGAAAAAUUUUACCAUAUGCUAGUUUUGCUUGAUUUACUUAAAGAAUUGUUAAUGCUCAAUUUACACCUUUAAAGCUUAUACCAUUUGAAAACUGUUCAAACUAUCUUAUUAUAUAAAUCAAGCUGUCUAAGCCAAAGAAUUGAUAGAGAAAUGUCUACUAAGGCUCCAAUCUAUCUUAAACGAGGCAGUAGGAAAGGAAAAAAGGAAAAGUUACGAGACAUCCUAUCCUCAGACAUGAUCAGUCCUCCACUGGGUGACUUUAGACAUACGAUUCAUAUAGGGAGUGGUGGUGAGAAUGACAUGUUUGGAGACAUUUCUUUUCUGCAAGGCAAGUUCCAUCUGCUUCCCACUACUAUUUCUCCACGAAACAGCCAGUAUGGGAUGCCAUUUGAAUUUGGAAGAACAGCAACCAUCUCUAGCCACCAGCACAUGCUACAACCUGAAAAUUCCUCCCCUCUGCUGAAAAAUGCUAUUUCUCUUCCUGUUAUUGGUGGUCCUCAAGCCCUGACACUCCCCUCUGCUCAAGCUCCUCCCAAGCCCCCACGAUUGCACUUGGAAGACAAGGCAGUACAUCCAGCUUCUAAACCAAAAGCACCACAAGACAGCAGAGCUACAGAAACCCAGAACUCUGUAAUGCUUACAGAAAAGUUUAACUCUUACCAAGCCAAUGGGUCAGCAGAGCACAAGCUUCAGGAUUUCAAAAUCGAAGAAACAGUUAGUUUUCCACAGAAUGAACCUUCUUCAGAGGAAACUGCAGAAGAGCCAUUUUUGUCUCAUGCUGGUUCUCUGUUUUCUCUUCACUUGGAUUUAGGACCAUCAAUCUUAGAUGAUGUGCUUCAGAUAAUGGAUAAACAUCAGCUAGGUAGCCUAAGUGGACCAAUGCAUGACUCAAGACAUCAAAUCACUACUUAAAUAUAGAGUCAGUACUAUGGUUAACAGUAAUAGUCUACAAAAUGUGACUUGUGUGGAUGUUGUUCCCCAAGUUAAAAAUGGAAUUCCAUGAAAACUGAUCACCAGCAAACAAUUAAGAAUUAUAAUCAUUUUCUCACAAAUUGUAUAUACUUUAUAGAUUAGAGAUGUAUAACCUGAUAUUUUUGUGGCAUACAACUAUGGUUUGCCUUGCAACUUUUGUAUCUUGACAAAAAGAAAGGAAGUUAUUGCAUUUACAGUGUUGCAUUUUAUCACUGCCAGAUAAUUUCUGUUUGUUAGGAUUAUAGAAUUUUAGCUGCUCUAAAUGGAUCUUAAAACUGUUUUUUUUGGUGGGGGGUGGGGGACAAAAGAAUAAAGGUGUACCCUUAAUUUCUACAAACCUUCAGUGAUAGAAAAUACUUAAACAACAGAAAUUAUGUAUAAAGUGGAGAGAUUAAGCCAAGUGCCUGCAUUUAUGAAAAGGGAGAGUAUUUUUCAGUGGUUAUCCGUAAAAUAGUUUUAAAGUGAUUAGACUGCAAUAGUAAAUGCUAUGGUAAAACCAAUGGAAAGAUGCUGUUUAAAGUAUAGAAACAACCUUAUCAGAAAAAAAUAAAAUAAAAUGCCUGUUCCUUAAAUGCAGAAUAUCAUGCUGCAAGCAUGCAAUUUCUGUUUCAGAAACAAAAUCAUAAAUGUAGAAUUGGAGAAGGCUGUACUAAGCUGGCAAAGUCUUGCUCCUAAUUCCAGUGACAGAUUAUGAAGAGUGUGCAUGUUUGUUGUUUCCUAACAGUGGAUUAUUAAUAACAAAAAAUGGGGAUACAUGCUUUUGGGAAAAUUGUAUGCCUUUUACUUUUAUCUGUUCUUAGAUCAAAGCCUUUGUACUUACUGCUUACUUGCACUGAUAAUCUGAACUGAAGAAUACCAAGGCUUUUUUUUUUCAAAUUUUAUGGAGAAGACAUACUUUUAUUAUUACCUGUUUAUCAUAUACAUAAUUUAAAGUUACACUGCAGUGGCUUAAAUGCAUAGUUAAAUGUUUAGUUAAGAUACUUAGUUAAGUAUCUGAACAUUUCAUGUUUGGCAAAUACCAUAAUUACUCCCUGAAUAAAUGAAGAAAGAAAACUGUAUAUCCUUAAAGGAGAUGGCUGGUGCCUGCUAUAUGUGGGUCCUCCAUAAUUUUAAUGAUUAGAGUAUUGGCAAAAAUCAUAGUGAAAGGAACUCACGUAUCCUGCACAGUUUCCUGUAAUAAUUAUAUUGUAAGAACAGUUUGAUCAGUUAUGUCAUGUUUUUAUUUUUUAUUUUUUGAAAACUGAUUGGGUUCCUUACUAUUUACAUGGCUGGGGUUUAUGCACCUUCUUGUGUUUAUUUUUACAUGGAAUUAGUGCAUUUUAAUUCAGACAUAAACUAUUCUGUGUCCUAUAUAUUCCUUAUUCAAAAUUUAUUAUCGAAAGAGGACACAGAGGCUUGCACUUCCAUGGUACGUGUUAUAGAUGCACGUGUACAAAACAGUACUUAAUUGUAAUAUCCGGACACUUUUUCAUUCAGCUGUAUUACUGCCACAAGUUUAAAUACAGGGUUAGUUAUGAGAUAUUUACAUUUACCUUUAAGACUUUUUUUUAGUGUGACAUUUUCAACAUCUCUGUUUUGCUUUUGGCAGAACUGUCUGAUUUUGUAGUCAUCUCUGUGUAUGCAGUAUAGGUUAAUAUGCAGUCCUUGUAAAGUCAGACCUUAUCAUUAGGUUGAGUUUACAUCUCGGAUGCAUAGGUUUACAUACAGCACCGCUCCCCAGAAUACAGCAUUGUUUGAUAGAGGUGCUGUACAGCUCCACUUUUGGGAAACUGAGUGACCACCACUAACUUACACAAUUUUUUUCUGUAUUAUCAAGUAAUGCAUCACUGGAAAAAUUGUUAUGAAACUCUUUAAUCCUUAUUACUAGAACUGAAUACCAAGACUAAAAACAGUCCUAUAGCAAUGUCCUUCAUGGUGGUGAAUGACUGUUUUGUAAUAAAAAAGGUCAAAGGAAUUAAACAUAUUUUUGUCUUGAUCUGUUUACUAAUAUCAGGCAUUUAUGUUAUAUUCCCUUCCCCUUCCCCUUUCUUGGCCUGUCUCUGCAGAAUUUUUCACUUAGUUCUGUCCCACCUUUAAUACAGGUUAGUAUUUGUCAUUCUUUAAACAAGCAGAUAAAUUGCUACAGGGCUACUAAUUGUACAGGUGUCAUUCAGAACUUUCAGGGUGGUAUAUGCUUCCAAAACAAAAUGAAUGUUACACAUUUACUAACAGUGUCACUGCUGUGUAGUGACAGCAUAGUUGGCAUUACUAAUAUUGUGAUCCCAAAAAUGAUUUCAUAAGCCAAAGGCAUAUGAGGUUAACAUAAUGGAUGAAGUCUUCCAUGGAAAUAUUGGAGACAGACUGUCAAGUUGCAGAACAUCCCAAAUAUUGACAAAGAAAGAAUAAAUUGUCUACUAAAGGGUAAUGACUGUAAUACCAGAAUGAUCAUUGAACAAAUAACUGCACUGUGCACACAAGUCAAAACUGUGUCAGUAUGACUUCAUGUGUAACAUAAUCAGAGAGUGUGCUUGCAGAUAGAUUUUAUGAGUGGCAACACUCGCACACAAACAAGUUAUAACAUGUUUGUAGAAAUAGUAUCAUACCUCAGUAAAGCAGCACACUUGCAAUUAGUGUUUACACAAAGUUUUUAUUGCAUUUCCAAAAACAAAAUGAGGCAGUUUUGAGGUGUUUCUGGCACACAGCAUAGCAACCAAAUUGUAAGUAACAAAAUUGCAUGACUUUUUGUAUCUACAGCUCACAAUAUAAAACUGAUAACUUGUCAUUAGAAGGCCUGCUUGGAAUGUGACCUUGUUUGUGUACAUUAAACUGUUUCUUUUUUAAAUCUUGACCUUGGUCAUGUACAUUAAACUCAUUAUUUUUUAA